AUGGAUGAGGACCAAGGAUACCCAGUGAAAAAUGACACUAUGUGUGGGAAUGUGAGUGGAGACUGUUUCCAAUCAGGAAAGGAUGGAGGUCCAGAGGUGGUGAUUGUACCCAUUAUCUUUGGUCUGAUCUUCCUCCUGGGAAUCAUUGGAAAUACACUGGUUAUGAUUGUCAUAGGAAGGAUAAAGUCCAGGAGAUCUAGAAGUACCACAAACACUUUUAUUGUAAAUCUUAGCAUUGCUGACUUGUGCUUUCUACUCUUUUGUGUUCCCUUUCAAGCCACAAUAUACUCCCUACCUGAAUGGGUGUUUGGAGCUUUCUUCUGCAAGUUUGUCCACUACUUUGUCAUGGUCAGCAUGUUGGUCAGCAUCUUCACUUUAGUGGCCAUGUCAGUGGAUAGGUACAUUGCAGUGGUUCAUGCAAAGAGGUCCCACUGCAUCAGGAACAAAAAAAAUGCCUCCAUAGGUUUGGGUGUCAUCUGGAUGCUGUCUUUCAUCAUUGCCAUCCCAGCUGCUCAGCACCAGGCACUGGUCACCAGUCACCCUCAGGCACCCAACAGUUCUUUCUGCUGGGAGCAGUGGGGGGACAACUACACUGCCAAGGAGACAUACAAGGUGACAAUUCUGAUCAUUGGAUAUCUGCUCCCCCUGGUGCUGAUAACCUGCUGCUAUGCCAAGGUUUUGUUUCAUCUUCACAAGAAAGUCAAAAACAUGUCCAAAAAAUCUGAGCGAUCUAAAAAGAAGACGGCACAGACAGUCCUCCUAGUAGUAGCGGUCUUUUUGGUCUGCUGGAUGCCUCACCACAUCAUCUCUUUGUGGGUCAUCUUCAGCCACUUCCCCUUGAACAAUGCUACAUUUGCUUUUCGCAUUAUCUCACAUUGCCUGGCCUACGGAAACUCCUGCAUCAACCCCAUCAUUUAUGCCUUUCUGUCAGAGAACUUCCGCAAGGCCUGCCGCCAGGUGUUCAGCUGCAAGUUUCUCCUGCAACCACCGCCUGAAGAGAAAGUGGUAAGAAUCCGCAUGGAGAACUUCUCCACUACUCAUUCCACAACAAAUGUGUGAAGUCUCUGGUAAAGCUCGGACUUGAUUUUACAGGUGUCUGGAGUUCUGUAGACGAGUUGGAGACAACGGAAAAAAACGGUUUCAUGACUCAUUUUGGAGCCGAAGUGUCUUUAGACUGAUGAAGAUUGUUGGUGCUUGGAAGUAGGGUUGAUCAAAGACAAUGUUAUCUAGUUAUACUCUUAAAAAUGAAAUGGGUUUAAUAUGGGCAAUACAUUAGGCUGCUGGUGGAAAGUAAAAGGGAAGGUGUGAUAUGUAUCCUGAAAACCACGGUACUAAUGUUUCUAAAGAUAAAAGGAAUUC